ACAGCAUCUGACCGCCGUGCCACCAGCCGCCGCCGUCGCCGCCGUAACUAUCAGAGCCGUCGUAUAAUCUCUCGCUCGAGUGUGCCACGCCACGCGAGUAACAGAUCAACGUCGGACAGAUCGAUCCGACUCGUUCGUUGACAUUAAUCGCAAGCAGCCACCGUGUAUUUCCAAACCGGCGCCGCUAUUUCGUGCUGUAUCGUGGCGAAUCUACGCUGAUCAUAACACAUGAUGCAACUAUUUGACAAGAAGGACAGGACGAUGCAAAGUGGUGAAUCGGUGUAGUGACCUGACUCGGAAUCGCGAUUAUUGAUAUUGGCGAGAUAGUGUUCGUUGAUGAUUUCAACGGCGAGCAUUCUUAUAUCCGGUGUUUCGAUGACAGUUGCGAAUGACACUGGUGUAAAAACUUGUACGAGUGUUUGCAGCGAGUGCACAUUGUCGUGUAAAGACAGCUUGAAGCAGAACGAUUGAUGGUGUUGACUACAGCGCCAGUGUUUCGUGUACAUCACGGCUGAUGGUCAUUUGACAGAAACGGUGCUAAGAUUAAGAAACAGAGUUUGCAAUGAUGCGUUUGUGAUAAAGGUGAAGAUAGAUCCUUCUCACGCAAAUAACGACAAUCAGGUGUUUUAUACAGAGGUGGACAAGUCGUGUAUUGAAUAAUUGAAACUGGAGUACGCGUAUCACCAUACGAUUGUGACUGUGAGACUCAACGGGUGCAGUGCGUUUUUAGUAUCAUGUGUCAUCAAGAAAUCGAAAACAUUGACUAAAUUUCGUGAAAGAAUCAUGUUGACGCAGUAAAAUAGAAGGUGUCGUGUUAAAAUUAUUGGGAACCUGAUACGUCUCCGAUUGAGAUAUCUUGAAGCGUUCUACGAACGAUGAUAGUCGACUAUUGAGUUAUCAGCAUACGACCUUCCGUUGCGUGGACCGGUGGUGCGAUCCUUCCUCGACAGCGAAAUCCAGCAGGUCAUCACGUUGGAUCUCGCGGCGUUGGCUGCUUACGGGGCCGUUUCGGGACCCAAGGUCGCGGUGGCGGGCACCGGGGUCCUUGCGCUGCCCGGCUUGAUACCCGACAAGGGUCUAUCAUCGCCCGGAGGCCAGUCGAAGCCAAAGUCCGCAGGGCUGGCGGGUCUUGACAGCGAGGCGGUGCGCCGGUGGGUCGCGGAGGCCACGCGGACCGUCCGCGUUCCGCCUCCGAUGGCUGUGCCUACCAGUUCUCCGCAACAACAACAACAACAUCAUCGUCAACCGCAGCAUCACCAGCAGCAUCAUCAUUCCACUCACAGGCAGCCGGAGGCUAGCCCACCGUCGGUGGGAAUCUCUCCCUUCGUUUUGCCAGCCUCGAUGACGCAGACUCCCAGUAUGCAUCUGCUGGAGAAUAACAACUUGGUCGAGGUCGCUAUGGCCCAGCAGCAGCAACAGCAGCAAUCUCAGCAACAGUUGAUACAGAAGCAAAAGCAAACAAGUCCCACGAACAAUAACACCAUAGAGGCUUGGAGAUCGAUUCAAGGCGGGCAUCAAUGGUGGAGUUCGUCCGCUAGCGUUCAUCAAGAACAGCAGCAACAACCGUCGAUUGCUCAGGUUUCUCAAUCGCCGAGUCUGGUGGUUGGAUCGGUGUGUGGCCAGAUGCAGAGGCCGCAAGUGCAAUCGGAGAUUGAUCAGCCGCUCGAUUUCUCUGUUGGCUCCCUACAGCAGCAGAGGCUGCAUUCGCGCGUGAGGACUAUACACGAGAGACAUCAAGGUAGAAUGCAUGACAACAACAAUGGUACGGUAAGCAAUCCGAAGAUCACCAGAGGAGACGUUAGCAGACGAAGCUACAGUCCCAGUGAAGCUAGCACCAGUAGCAGCGAAGAUGAAGCUGUCUCUACUAGUGGCAGCCCUUCGGGACCUCUUCGGGGCGCUUCGGACUCGUGCGAACCCGUUGCGGAGCGACCUUACGGUAAAGUCUGGAUUGGCGACAAUGAGGUCGCGUGGCGGACGGACCAGUCUUUCAAGAGGACAUCACCCUUAAAUCCUUGUGCCACGACUACCACGACGACGACAGGUGGCGGGCUACUGACGCAUCCCCACCUGUCGCCACCCGUAGCAGCCCCUAUUACCACCCCCGAUCAUAGAAGUCCCAGUAGCAUGCACGCGAAGCUCGGCAUCUCACCCGGCAGCGACGCGCUCGGUCGAAUCGAUAAGGAGGAGCCAGCCUCGCCAGAAUCCAUACAAGAUGCAGACUUACACGGCGAUGUUGACGGCCCAGAACUCAGCGGCGAUGACAGAAGUAUCGCGAGUGACAUCCAUGAUGCCACCGAAGCGCAUUUUGAUAAUGAUUCUAUGGAUUCUGACAAGGAGGCUCUUAAUUUGGUCACGGAUGUCUCGCAACGGAAUAGUAGUAGCGGUACAAGCGGCAGCGUGUCUCCACCGAGUUCCGUAGUCAGUAACCAGCUUACGGGCAACCAUCAGCAACAACAACAACACGCAUCUACCCAGCAGAACAACAGUAAUUCCCAGGCAACAUUGGCCGCUCAAUUGGUCGGCCAACAAUUGCUUAUGCAUGGCUCUCUCGGGACAUUGAGAUCGUCACAAGAGAUUCAAGCAUUCGCCUCGACGCUGCAACAGCAACAGUCGUUGCUGCAGCAACUCGCCAUGUUUCAAGCCAAUCCGGCGGCGGGACAGCUUCCGGCACAGGCGCAGUUCUUCCUGCAAAAUCAGGUGCAGCAAGCGGUAGCUCAGGCAGCCCAGCAGUUACAGGCUCUGCAGAAACAGCAGGCUCUUCAAAACAGCGGCAGUUUGGUCGGACGAAGUUUAGCGCAAAGAUCACCACCUCCGCCGAGCACACCGCCAGCAGUAAAACCGGUAAAGUUAGAACCCUCUCCGGAAGAGACAACGGAUCUCGAGGAACUAGAACAAUUUGCCAAAACGUUCAAACAGAGGCGGAUCAAGCUCGGUUUCACCCAAGGAGACGUAGGACUUGCAAUGGGCAAACUCUACGGCAAUGACUUUUCGCAAACUACCAUCUCUAGGUUCGAAGCGUUAAAUCUUUCUUUCAAAAAUAUGUGCAAGCUGAAACCAUUACUACAAAAAUGGCUGGAGGAUGCCGAUAAUUCCUUGAACAAUCCCAAUUCCCUAUCGAAUCCACUUACGACACCGGAAGCGAUCGGCAGACGGCGGAAGAAAAGGACGUCGAUAGAGACUAGCGUGAGAGUGGCUCUAGAAAAGGCUUUUAUCCAAAACCCGAAACCCACAUCUGAGGAGAUAACUAUAUUAGCGGAUAGUCUCGCGAUGGAGAAAGAAGUUGUUCGCGUGUGGUUCUGUAACAGAAGACAAAAAGAAAAGAGGAUCAACCCUCCAACGGCAGCGAUGGGCAGUCCAACGAUGACGUCGCCUGCACCCUCGGUAUUCGCUUCUAUUGCCAGUUCUAUAUCCGGCAGUCCUUUGGCUCUUACGACGCAUUCUUCUGGCAUGGGGCAUUCGCAUCCACACCCGGCAUCUUUGAAUUCAUCCUUGCCUCUGGCUUUGGUUGCUUCAGCAGGCGGUAAUUACCAUCCACUAAACAGCAAAUCUCAUGAGUGACACCAACAAGCGACCCAUCAAGGGGACGCUCUUUAUCAUCAGCAUCAUCAUCAACAACAUCCGCAGCAGCAGCAGCAGCAGCAUCACCAUCAACAACAACAACGACGCUUGUGCAAUCUAUCGGAAUUCUAUCAUUAACCAAUAAUCUGAUUUUGUUAAAUUAAUAAGGGAAAUAAUACUUACGAAAAAUUGGAUAAUUCAAGUUGAAAUUCAAACUAUAAUUAGACUUUCUUAUUCUUUUUCGACAUUGAGUAAAAAAAUCGUUUGUUUAUUCUUGAUUAUCUUUCUUCAGAUUUUAUGGAUUGAGCUCUGGAACUGGAAUGGAAUGACUCAUAUUUUAAUGGACUGAAAAAUCAAGAAUAGACAAAUUAAUUCGAUUUUUGAGCAAAGAAUAUGAAAGGUUGAUUGUAUUCCAAAUCGACAAGGUCACAGUCAUUGAUGAGAAUCACUGAUAAUCACGAUUUUAGUAAUAUCAAUUAAAAUUCGAUGGUAACACAAAAAUUAAGAGUCUACGAAGAAACCAUAAAAAGAAUUCAAAAUAGUAAUAAGUUUUACAGAAAGCUAAUAAGAAGCGACUGAAUGUAUAAGUGAGAAUGUUAGUGAGAAUGUAAGUGUGCGAAAAUGAGAGUUAAACGAAAUAAUAUAAGUGAGAGAAUGCAUAAAUCCAUGUUGGUCAUUAAAUAAUUCGGAAUUGUUGUAAGUAUGUAAUGAAAAGUAUACGAAGACACGCUGCGUUUUGAAUGAAGCACGACAAUUGAUAAGAUGGUUUUUAAUAUAAGUGUGCAGCGAAUUUUUGCGAGUGUACUAGUACACAUUGAUGCAUAUUAAAGGUUGUCGUAAAGAAGUUAUAUGAAGACGUAAUUAACGUUGGAUGUAAUAUGAAGACAUAUGACAUAUAAGUGACCGAUUCCUUGCUAGAUGCUUAGCAUAUCUUAUUAAUAUAUGUUAAACAUUUAAUUGGAAAGACGCUUAUAUUACUUCUUUAUACAAGUAGUGUACAACCGAUUUUAAGAUGCGUCAAUGCGCAUUGGAUCCAAUUGCGCACAUAAGUUUGCCAAAAGAGGGCAGUUAUAAGAGAUUGAUUAUCAUUUCUUUGAUAACUUCGACAGAUAUUCUCAAACAGAAUAGUUGUAAUUCUGUUAUUUAAAGUUAUUUAAUAAUAUAUGAUAAACAGAAAUUACAUUCGAACUUUUGUGAAUGAAAUGUUCUGAUGUUAAUAAUAUCGUAAAGUAGCAAUAAUAAAAAAGGUUUAACAACUUUUAUAUUUUUAUCUUCUAAUUACAACGGUGUUUGUAAAAUUAUGUCAAAUUAUGUGCUACAUGAAUAUCAUUUCAUAAACACAAAUUUAUAUAAUUUUUAUAAAAUUAUUCUCUCAUAUAUUUGAGCUAUGUAAAGAUGAGAUUAAGUUUGUACUGAUAACGUUUGCAGCAUAUUUGAAUCUAUUAUAAGAAUAUGGAAACAUAAUAACAUCAAAAUGUAAUUAAAUGUGUGCUGCAAUCGAAUCUAGUACAAGUAUUGCAAAAUAUAAUAUCAUAAUGUAAUCGAAACUUUCUUAAAUUCGAAUCUUUUAUACAAAUACUAAAAAGUUGCUGCAUCUGAGUGGAAUCAAAAUUCUAUAAUGUAUACAUAUACAGGAUGAUUAUAUAAUUCACUCAUUCACUAUAAUUUGUUAUUUAAAAUUUUAAAUCUAUUUAGAUUGCGUUUUAAAGUAUCUAUAAAAGAUUCGAAUAUUUAUAAACUUUUUUUUCUAAAUUUUCGAUUACACUUUGAUACUAUUAUAAUUUGCUGCAUACAUUAUUUGAUACUUAAAUGUAUGAAAUUUUUACAAUGAUGUUAAAUGCAUAUAUUUAUGAUUUUUAUAAGACAUGCUCGAUUCUAAUGAAGUAAUAUCUGAUGAUACUGAAUUGAAUUGAUUUUAACAUUCAUAAACAUGUAUUGAACUUGAUCCUAUCUGUACAAUUAUCUCUUUUAUCACGCUGGAUGAUGCAGAUAAUAUCACAUUAGUCAUUUUCUUUUUUUAUAUCAAAUAAUUUUAAAAAUAAUUUUAUUUGACGACACAUUGCUGGCAAGCAGGGUUACAGUGCAUCUCAACGGCAAAAUGCGGCGAGGUCCGACAAUACAGUUGUAUAUAUAUAUAUAUAUAUAUAUAUAUAUAUAUAUAUAUAUAUAUAUAUAUAUACACGCACACGUAGGCGUGUCUGUCAUCCAUCGUAUCGUACAUAUCUGUGUCACAGGGCUGUAUAUACUACGUGAAUUCAAGACUAUCGAGUGUUGUAUCGAGAAUUGCGAUGUCCACGCGCGGUGCCGAGCUCCAAGAUCGAAUCACGAUCGAUAUACGUGAAACGUUAUAAUUCAUGCCAAAGUAUAUUGCCUGUACAAUAAGUAUUAUAAUGUGUGAUCUAUAAAUGUGUACAUUCGCAAGAACGGGAGAAUUUCGUAAAAAAUUCGGGGGCGACGUGACGCGCGUGGGAAUAUUUGUAUGUUGACGAGAAAUACAUAUUUCGUGCGAGCGAUAGUUAAUAAUAUUUAAUAUAGUAGAUAACACGGUACCUAAGUAAUACGUAAUGUAUAUACAAUUACUUACACUAUACAUAUGCGAAUUAUAUGACAUAUGUACAUCCGUAAAUCGCAGAUUGGCGCAAUAGAGAGAGAAGAUUCGGGUCUUUCCGAUAUUUUAUGCUAAGAAAGAGAAAGUGACAGAAAGAGAGGGAAUCCCUUUUUUUAUGAAAAUACAAUAAGAUAUGUAAUGUAUUUUAAAAUAUGUUUUUUAAUGUAUUUUAAUGUAUUUUAAUAUAUUUUUUUAUGUAUAAAAACGUUUCUUCUGUGAGCUAGAUAGAACUGUCGAUUUUCGCGCUUAAGAUUAAUACAAUUUCCGGUGGAUUCUCGGUGAUUAAUUAAGGGCUAUGAUUUUAGAUUAGAUUAUAGAUCACACAGAAAACGAACGUGAUAAUAUUGAUCAUAUACUUAUUCUUAAAAUCCAUGUGUAUAUAGAUUUCAUUAUCAACGUGCAGAAUUUGCGUAAUGUAUACAUAUAACGAUUAUAAUGUCACAGUAUAUCGGUUGUAUCAUCGUACAUAAACUUGUGCAUGCAUCGGCGUAUGCAUAUACAUAUAUACAUAAAUGUAUAAACGGACGUUGUACAUAUAUAGUAGAAUAAGAUAGGAAAUCCGUUACAUCGGAUCGUUAAGAAAUGACAGCAUGUAUUAUUCUCAUCGUCAUGUCAUCAUCAUUAUCAUCAUCUGUGUUGAUUGAGAUUACUAUGUAAUCACGCGAUACGUGCUACUGUUGUUAAUGUCGCUUGUCGUGUUGAAAUUGACUUUUUACGUAUCUGCGAACAAUGCUAUACUUUCUGCAUAUCUGUACGUAAUUCCAAAAUGAGAGAAUAACUGUCAAUCCAACAAUUUGCACGUCACUGUUUCAGUAUAUUGUUGCGCAUACAAAAUAGCUCCUAACGUAACAGUAAUAUUUUCAUAUAUACGUGAUUAUUAAUUAUAUAUUUUUCUUUUAACUUGUUAUUUUAACGAAUCCGGUUAACGCCCUAAGAGAAUUUCUUCGCAAAGAGAAUUUGUGCAAAUUGUUAGGUCAUAUAGGAGCAUUACAACUCCCUUUCGAUUCAUUUCAUCUCUCAUCUCAUUUCUAAAUUCCCUAAACUCCUAGAGUCGUGGACCAAACUAGCGAAAAUGUCGACAAAAACACGCGCGCAAACAGAGAGUCGAACUACAACAAGACAAAAGGAGAGAAAGGCGAAUAAAAAGAGUUCCUAAAACCGUACAUUUGUUAGUAGAUGCGCGGACGACGAUGAGUAAAAAGAGGACAAGAAGGCAAUCGGGAAGAGGAGACAGUUGAACCAAGAGAGGGAGGGGAAGAAGUUUUUCCACUUUUGUUUGUCAGGAGUUUGUAGAUAAUUAACAGGAUAAUAAUGUAGAGAGAUACGGACGCCCAUUCCCCUCUUCUCGGCAUCAUUGUCGAUCGAUUACUCGCUCGAUAUUUUAAAAUGCGUUCGAUAUGCGAUAAUGCGCAGGUGAAUAGGCUUUACUGAUGAUUCGUAUUAGUUACAUUCAUUAAUAUAAUUAUUAUUAAUUAUUAUUAUUAUUAUUAUUUCAUUAUAUUUUAACUUUUAUUAUUUGAGAAUAAAAAUGCUAGAGAGCUUUCAGUUA